AUGCACGUGAAUAAAAGAAUCGGUCGGUUCAAGCAAUGGGCGGGGGAGCGCAUGGGUGGUGAGGCCAAGACUUGCCAGUCGGAUGACUUCAAGGCUAUGGAGACGGAGAUGGGUGUGCGCCAUGAAGGUAUUGAUCACAUUCACAAGUCCAUGACUGCCUACGUCAAGGCCAUCUCGAAACGCACCGAGGGAGACGAUAAGGAAAAGACCCUGCCAAUCGCUCACCUGGGAGGCAGUAUGGUCAGCCAUGGGGAGGACUUUGACGGAAACUCCGAAUACGGGCAGUGCCUGAUUAUGUUUGGAAGGAUCGAAGAGCGCGUUGCUCGCAUUCAAGAGAAUUACAUCGCACAGGCGACCUCAAGCUGGCUUGAGUCACAGGAGAGAUCUCUUACUCAAAUGAAAGAGUACCAACAGGCGCGCAAGAAGCUGGACAGCCGACGACUGGCAUAUGACACCUCACUUUCCAAGAUGGAAAAGGCCAAGAAAGAAGAUUUCCGAGUCGAAGAGGAGCUUCGAACCCAGAAAGUGAAAUACGAAGAGGCCAAUGACGAAGUGCUCCGCCGUAUGCAGGACAUCAAGGAGUCGGAAGUCGACAGCGUUAUGGACCUGGGCGCGUUUUUGGACGCCCAGCUGGAAUACCACGAUCGCUGCCGGGAAGCACUUUUGCAGCUGAGAAAUGAUUGGCCUGGCGGAUCCGGCCAAGGUCCAGCGCCACGUCGCCCCACACGAGCCCGCUCCAACACAGCACAUUCGUACCAGGAGCGGUAUGAGCCCGUACAGGAAGAGAUUACGACUGCAGUGGAGAGCCGGCCCACAAUCCGGCCGACUAGGACUGUGUCGUCAAACCUGGCAGACACUUUCCCGAGAGAAGUCCAGCGAGAAGCCCAACCUGUUAGCAAUGGUUACUCCCGCCCCGUUCUGAGUCGAGUUCCCACUUUUGAAGGACCGACUCAGCUUCGGCAAGAUCAGUCCCCAGUCGCAUCGCAGUGGAUUCAACGAACGAAUAGCGAAACUCUUGCCAACCGACGGAAUAGCACGUACUUGAAUACUCGAGCGGCUGAUCCAUACGCCGAUUCUGAAUUCAGCUCUUACGGCUCGUAUGGUCGCUCAAGCCCGGAACGCAUGUAUGGCGAUCGAUCAUGCUCCCCGGCUACCUCCCAUGGCAGCAGUGUAGCAUCUCGGAAACCCAGUUAUACGGCCCUGAAUUCGACCCAUCUGAGCAAAAAAGGUCCUCCACCACCUCCUCCAUCUCGUGCAAAGAAGCCUCCUCCACCUCCACCCCCCAUGAAGCGCAGUUUGUCCACUGCACCGACAGCGUAG